CCAUAUUUGCUACCACGAAGUAUCCCAAUAAUAUUCCUUCGGAAUCAAAGAUUCCUUUUUUUCUUCUUCUUUUCACUCUAUAAAUACCCUUUUUCUCUUCCCAAUCAAAACCAAGCCAAGAACCACUGAUCUUGAGAGCAAUUCAUACACACCCAAAAGAGCCUUAUUUUUGAAAAAAAAAAGGUUUUUUUAUUUUUCUUUCCCAUUCCCAGAACAGAGAUUAUGUCUGGAAUCGUGGUUGUUUUCGACUUUGACAAGACCAUUGUCGAUGUCGACAGCGACAACUGGGUCAUCGACGAAUUGGGUUUCACCGAUUUGUUCAACCAGCUUCUUCCCACCAUGCCUUGGAACACUCUCAUGGACACAAUGAUGAUGGAGCUUCAUUCAAAGGGUAAAACCAUUAACGACAUUGAAGAGGUUCUGCAGAAGAUUCCCUUGCACCCAAGAGUGAUACCUGCGAUUAAAGCAGCUCAUGAUUCAGGAUGUGAUUUGAGGAUUGUGAGUGAUGCAAACACGUUUUUCAUUGAGACUAUUUUGAAGCAUUUGGGAAUCAGAGAGUAUUUCUCAGAAAUCAAUACGAACCCCGGGUAUGUGAACGAAGAAGGAAGGUUAAGGAUUCUGCCUUACCAUGACUUCAACAAAGCUUCCCAUGGCUGCAGUUUGUGCCCUCCAAACAUGUGCAAGGGUUUAGUGAUAGAGAGGAUCCAAGAUUCAAUAUCAGAAGAGAAUAAGAGGUUCAUCUAUCUUGGAGAUGGCGUUGGAGACUAUUGCCCAAGUUUGAGGCUGAAAGAGAAGGACUUUAUGAUGCCAAGGAAGAACUUUCCGGUGUGGGACUUGAUAUGCAAAGACCCUUCACUUGUUAAGGCUGAGAUUCAUGGGUGGAGUGAUGGAGAAGAACUUGAGCAAGUUUUGGUGUACUUGAUCAACAAAAUAUCAACGGACCAGAAUUCUCCCUUCAUUUCCUCUGAUUGCAAGCUUCAGACUCUGUCAGUUUCUGCUAUGGAGGCUUUGCCCAAAGUUCUACCAGUUCGGCCAUAGACAGUUCUUAGUUUUAGUGUUUGAGAAAAAUGUAUCAUAAUAACUUUAAGGUUUUUUGUUUUUUCGUUUUUCCUUUGAUUAACCUUCACCAAAAACUACACUAAAAAGUUGUUAAUGUUGGAACUGGUCUAAGUGUGGACCACAAUAAUUUCUGUCAAAUACCAAUACCUGUUUUCUGAAACAUCUUUGGGAUUUUUUUUA